UUUUGUCGUUUCGUUCUUCUUCCUCUCCCCCCUCUCACCUUCCGACUCUUCUCUUUUGGAUCUGGGUGGCCAAGAUCUACUUGGAAACUUGAGCUGGCAUAGUCUUUGAACUUCAUUGUUAGCCACAUCGUUCGAGGUUAAUCCUAACUCGAGCUUUGCCAACCGACUACCUCAAACACGCUCUGAUCAAGUGAGCCUGUUCCUAUAUUCUACCUCGACGACUUAUCUCUGGGAGAACAUCGUCCUGUUAGACUAUACACAUAACAAUGGAGUGCCUCAAGAACAAUUUUGUUGAAGGCCAGCUGUUGGACGGACGGUUCCGCACCGUCGCCCCCUUGAACCAUGGAUCUUUUGGCAUGGUCUUCCUGGCAAAGGACUUACAGACUGGCCAAGAUGUCGCCAUCAAAUGCAUGACCAAGUCCUCCUCGGGUGACCCGUCGAACCCCUCCCCAUAUGAUGCCCGUGCCGAGGAGCUGGAAUGCCACAGACGUCUCAGGUUUCAUCCCAACAUCGUCAACCUCAUCCAUUCCUUCGAAACGGAUGCCCAUAUGUAUCUCGUUUUGGAGUAUUGCUCGAAUGGUGACCUGUACGAAGCAAUCCGGCUCAACCGUGGUCCCUUGGAAACUGAACACGUGCGCGACUUCAUGCUGCAACUUGUGAGCGCAGUGGAGUUCAUGCACGCGAACGGCCUGUACCACCGUGACAUCAAGCCUGAGAACAUCUUCUUGAUGCAGGAUGGCUCCAUGAAGCUGGGUGACUUCGGUCUGGCGACUCGGGAGGCUUGGUCCCACGAGGCCUGCGUUGGCAGUGAUCGUUACAUGGCUCCCGAGCAGUACGAUCCCUCCACCGUCGGCUAUUCCCCCGCCAAAGCCGACGUCUGGGCGAUUGGAAUCUGUCUGCUCAAUGUUCUCUUCGCACGGAAUCCCUUCGCCACGCCGACGGAAUCCGACAUCCUUUACGCAGACUACGUACGGGAUCGCCAAUCAUUGUUCGACAUCUUCCCCAACAUGUCUCAGGAUACCUUCGAAAUCCUGAGGACUGCUCUUGCCAUUGACCCUACGAAGCGUUCCCUUUCUGGCAUUCGCGAAGCUAUCUUGCGUGCUGUCACGUUCACGACAGAUGAUGACGCGCUGGACGAGUUCUGCACGGACGACCGCGAGGUGGUUGCCGCCAGUGCCAACCGGGAGCCGCUUCGGACCCCUUCCAUCCAGAGCCCUCACAUCAACCAGGGCGACUCCUUCCCUUGGGCCAAAGCUCUUCAAGCCAGCCCUCCCCAGACCUUCCGCCAGCUCUCCGCCAUUCCCGACAACGAAAGCUACACCGAAGACCUUUUCCCUCCCUCGGAGAUUGCUGGCACUUCGUGGUUCUCUGUCCACCAGGGUACCCCAUCCAUGGCUUCCGUUCUGGAGUCUGCUAUGGGCGAUUCUUUCCGGUCUCCUCCGUUUCGCAAGAACGAGGUUCGAUUGCCACCUCCUUCCGAUCCCGUUCCUAUUACUGGCUCUUUGCCAAGCAAUGCUACGAAGCCCCUGCCUUCUCUUUCCAUGGUCUUUGGCAAGAAGAAGGAGGAGCAAAUCUCCAAGAGCUGGAGUGAUCUUUGGGAUGAAGAGGAAGAAUCUGAAGCUGAGGACCUGGCUUACCAGCAGCGUCGCGAGCAGAACUCACGCAGCUGGAGUCAUGAAAGCAGCACGCCUGAGCUUCGUGGACCCCUGACUGGCCUCCACGAAGUUGUUAGCAAUUCUCUCCUCAACGUCCGCGCCCAACAGCUGGAGACAUCGCACGAAGACACCGAGAAGUUUGUCUCCAAGUCGUGGGAUCCGAGGGCGGGAUUCACUGCUAUCAAAACCCCACCUCAGUCCCCCGACAGCUCCCCGCAGAAGUCAAGCCUCGACAAAUGGUCAGCCCUUGGUGACCGUCGGAGGAACUUCAAGUCCCCAGAGACCUCUUCCGGAAAGAAGUUUUCUAGCAAUAUGAGUUGGAGGAAAGAUUGGGGCUUAGGGUCCUCGGGCUUCGACUAUGGUUCUUGGGCCAAGAAAGAGACGUUCUCUCCUUCGGAUCGGGAGCGGCGGCGUCGUCCCUUCCAGGAGAAGGGGCGGCGUCGCGACGCCUGGGAGUCUCCCAAGGCCGCCCAUAGCAAGGCUGCGAACCACUACGAUGGCAGCGUCGACGAGGACCUCGAUCUUGUCGGCGGCUGGCACGACCUUCAUCUGUAAGGAGCUUAGCCCCACCUCUGGUGCCGGCGUCCGACGUUCCUCUCCAAUUUAUUGUAUCGUCCAAUGUCGCUGAGAAGAGCAACACAAUAAUAAAUAAACAUUCCAACCAAUACUCCGACUUGUUUUCGC